AUUGAUCUAUACUACGUAAAAUGAAAACGUUUCCUAUUUUAUUCAAAUUUUAGCUAAAAAAUUUAAAUUUACCAACUGAUGGAAAGGAUCAUUAAGCUUUAGUAUCACGUUACACGUAGCAAAUCUUAACAUUCACAUAAAUGAUAAAAACUUAAAGAAUGAUUAACUAUCUAUCAUAAGGUAGGUAAAAGACUUACAAAAAACUAUUCAUGUGAUAUCUAAGAACUACAUUUCUACAGGGGAAUUAGAAGAAAUAUUUUGCCUGUGUCAUGGCAUCUAAAGCCAAGAAGAUGGCGAUAGACUACAAAAACAAUCCAGCCGUUGCGAAUUUCGUAGAGUAUUUGAAGAUACCAAGUGUUCAACCUAAUGUUAAUUAUGAUGAAUGUGUUAAUUUCCUCAAGAAGCAAGCGAAGCAGUUGGAUCUAUUAUUUAAAGUAUACGAGUUAGUACCUAAGAAGCCUAUCGUAGUGUUAACAUGGCCAGGAAAGAAACCGUCCAUGAAGAGUAUUCUUCUUAAUUCACAUAUGGAUGUUGUGCCCGUCUUUGAGGAGAGUUGGACAUAUCCGCCAUUUAGCGGCCACGUGGACAAGGAGGGCAAGAUCUACGCGCGCGGCUCGCAGGAUAUGAAGUGCGUCGGCAUCCAGUACAUAGAGGCUGUAAGGAAACUUAAACAACAAGGGGUCACGCUUAAGAGAACUCUUCACUUGUCAUUUGUUCCUGAUGAAGAAAUCGGGGGCGUUGACGGUAUGGAGAAAUUCGUCCAUACUGCCGAGUUCAAGGCGCUCAACGUUGACUUUGCAUUGGACGAGGGAAUGGCCAAUCCCGAUGAAGAGUUCAUCGUAUUCUACGGGGAACGGAGUAUUUGGCAAAUCCAUGUGCACUGCCUUGGUCAGCCCGGACAUGCAUCGCUUCUAUUCCCGAACACGGCUGGAGAAAAGUUGAGAUACAUCAUUAACAAAUUUAUGGGCCUAAGAGAUGAACAGAAGAAGAUUUUGGACAAUAAUCCCAAGUUGACAAUCGGCGACGUCACGUCCGUUAACUUGACGCAAAUUCGGGGUGGCGUGCAAUCUAAUGUUAUACCGGAGAAACUGACUGUUGUAUUCGACUGUCGUUUAGCUGUUACUGUGAAUCAUGAAGAGUUUGAAAAUAGGAUUAAACAGUGGUGCAAGGAAGCUGGUGACGGGGUUUCUUACGAGUUCGAACAGAAGAAUCCAGCUGUAGAGUGCACUAAGGUGGACGACACCAAUCCGUUCUGGAAGGCAUUUAAAUCUGCAGCAGAUGAAAUGCAACUCAAGUUGGAGUGCCGUAUAUUCCCUGGAGGCACUGACAGCAGAUAUGUGAGAGAAGUUGGUAUCCCCGCGAUCGGAUUUUCGCCAAUGAACCACACACCAGUCUUGCUUCACGACCACGACGAAUUCCUUGGCGCUGACGUGUUCCUCAAAGGAAUCGACAUUUACGUCAAACUGAUCACUGCCGUUGCUAAUGUAUAAUUUUCCCGCUAUAUUUAAUGAAACACUGGCAAUAAUUAUUUUAUAAGUGCAGCUAUUUAUGUAAAUGUUAUAUGUUUUAUGAAGCGACCAAAUCAUUAUGUAACAGGUGAAUUUUAUUUAAUUACUUAUAUUAUCACUAAAUAAAUCGCCUAGCGUCGCCUUAAAAAGCUUGAAAAGUGUUUAGUUAUGUAAGCAAAUAUAAUUAUUUAUAAUGUUACAAUGGUGCAAUUAUUUUUAUAUUAUGUUAACAUAAAUAUUAUAUUUUUAACUGUUUUAUUAUUAUGCAUAAAAUCAGUAUUAUGUUAUUUGUAACUCUGUUAUUGACUUUUGUUGCUGUUUGAAGAUUAAAUAUUUACAUUAAAAGUA